AUGGAGAAGAAACUCACAGAGAAGAUCGCGGCCUUGCCGCCGGACGCAAAUUACUUCUCCCUAGAAUUCUUCCCGCCGAAGACUCGAAUGGGUUUGGUCAACCUGUCUGCGCGUUUGGAGCGUAUGGCACAGGCCCUUCGUCCGCUAUUCGUGACGGUUACUUGGGGUGCAGGCGGAAGCACAGCGGCCCGAUCCCUCGAGCUGGCGGAGGUUUGCCAGCGCCAGCUGCAGUUGACUACCGUUCUGCACCUAACAUGUACCAACAUGAGCCGCGAGUUGGUGGAUACGGCGUUGAUGGAGGCAAAGGCGCUGGGUAUCCGCAAUAUCCUGGCCCUGCGUGGAGAUCCGCCCCGCAGCGAGGAAUACAACAUGGAUGGAGAGGACGACAGCAACAAGGACUUUACAUUCGCUGUGGAUCUGGUCAAAUACAUUAAGAAGACACAUGGUGACUACUUUUGCAUUGGUGUCGCUGCGUACCCGGAGGGUCACCCGGCGGAUUCUUUCCAGGAUGUGCAAGAUCCUAUGCGCGAUCUGCCUUACUUGAUCGAGAAGACUGUUGCCGGUGCAGACUUCAUUAUGACACAACUGACCUAUGAUCUGGAAGCGUACCAGAAGUUUGAGAGUACACUUCGGAGCCACGAGUCGGGUGUCUUCAAGACCAUCCCGAUUAUCCCAGGCCUGAUGCCUAUCCACAGCUACAAGAUUCUCACCCGUGUGACAAAGCUCAGCCAUGUCAAGGUGCCGGACGCAGUUGCUAAACGCAUUGAAGCUGUUAAACAUGAUGAUGAUGCUGUCAAGCGAGCCGGUGUGGAUAUCGUCAGUGAGAUUGUGGGAGGUAUCAGAGAGCUUCCGUCCCCCGGGCCACGGGGUUUCCAUUUCUAUACGUUGAACUUAGAGAAGACAGUGUCGUUCAUCCUGGAACAGUGUGACAUGAUCCCACCCUUCUCAGUGAACAUGGACGAUACUGCGAUAGACAUUGACACUACCGUGUCUAUUGAUGACGUCCCAACCCGUACCUUUCAGUCAAGACGCCGGUCAUCUAUUAACUCGCAGCCAUACAACCGUGUCAUUGUUGACAAGCUGUCUGGAAAAGACUCUUCCCGGAGCUCCACACAUGAGGCUCUAGCUGACGGCUCGGGCAUGCCUGCUCUGCCUCCUAACCGCAGCACAACCCUUCUCAUCUCUGAGGGUCUCGGCGCUCUUGGUAGAGAGGCCACUUGGGAUGACUUCCCCAACGGCCGAUGGGGUGAUGCCCGCUCGCCCGCCUUCGGUGAGAUUGAUGGAUACGGUCCCUCUCUUCACGUCACUUCUGCCGUCGCCCGCCGUCUGUGGGGCACCCCCGUCGACCGCUCCGACCUCAACAGUCUUUUCCGGCGUCACGUCUCCGGCGAACUUCACAUGGUUCCCUGGUCUGAAGGUGGUGCUGAAGAAGGUACUGGUGGCUUGAACCCGGAGACUGACCUUAUUCGACCGGAGCUGCUUAAGCUCAUCGAUGGCCGUGGCUGGUGGACAUUGGCUUCGCAGCCCGCUGUCAACGGCGUCCGCAGUGACGACUCCAUCUUUGGCUGGGGUCCCCCUCGUGAGGGCUUUGUGUUCCAGAAGCCCUUCGUGGAGUUCUUCUGUUCCACCAACGACUACAAGACGAUCCUCCAGCCUAUUUUCGCCAAGUCCAACGAAAAGCUAGCCUGGUUCGCCAUCAAUCACAAGGGUCUCUAUGAGUCUUCAUACCCGGUCUCGUCCGGUGACGUCGAUGCCGACGAGUCAAACCCGGACAGUGCUAACGCUGUCACUUGGGGUGUCUUCCGUGGCAAAGAGAUCAUCACCCCCACUAUCAUCGAAGAAGUCAGCUUCCGCGCUUGGGGUGAGGAGGCAUUCCGCAUUUGGGAGGAAUGGCGCCGCGUCUACCCGCGCAACUCGCCUACCGAGCGCUUCCUCGAUACUGCGAAGAAUGAUGCCUGGCUUGUUUGUGUUGUUGGACAGCAGUUUGGUGCUGGCACUCAGCCUGGCUCAAAGGAGGAAGAGGAUGAGGUUAAGUGGAUGUGGCGCGUGUUGGCGGGUGAGACGCAGUAG